AGAUGGUGCACUCAAGCAGACACUGCUAAAUAGCCACUCGGUUGCUGGAAUGCCAGUUUGAAGUUGUAGCGUGACUUUAUUUCGUGGGGUUCGGUCUUGCUUCAUUAAGUAGAACAUGCAACAAAUUUGUUGACUGUUUAGGUCAGCUUGCGAAGAUACUUCUUUAUUGAAACCGAUGGAAAUAAGACGGCAGUUCUUCCACGUCAGAGAUUACAGCCAGAAGUUCGAGGAAGAGAGAAGCAAAACUUCGCAUUUGAGAACCUGAGUCUGGUGGACUUUAGACCGGGCAAAACUGCGUUGGAUCUUUUACCUGUACACAGCCGCCCCCCCCUACAACUGUGGAACUUGGAGUUCAACUUCCGAAUGUCCUAUGGCAAAUGCAGGGAAAUGUGUACCUGAAUUACUAUAUUUGAAGGAACACCCAUAAAAUUCAAGACCUACCAUUUCUUCUGUUUUGCAACCACCUUUUGGAGAAGGAGCAAACAUGAAUUCAAAGUCAUCAUGCCCCAAUGUCAGUAUUCCCAGCUUUGAUGAACACCGUGAGAAAAAGAAACGCUACACUGUUUACAAAGUGCUGGUUCGAGUCGGUAGGAAUGAAUGGUUCGUCUUGAGACGUUAUGCGGAGUUUGACAAAUUGUACAACGCACUGAAAAAACAGUACCCUCAAUUUCCUUUGAAGCUUCCUGCUAAAAGAAUAUUUGGAGACAAUUUUGAACCAGCUUUUAUCAAGCAAAGAAGAGCAGGAUUGAAUGAAUUUAUUCAGAAAAUAGUAUCAAAUCCAUCAUUCAGUGAACUUCUUGAUGUUCGAGCAUUUCUUCAAAUGGAUAACCCAAAGAAUCAGUCUGAUCCAUCGGAAGAUGAAGAUGAAAAGCCUGGUCACAUGCAACAUUCUACCUCUGAAAGUAUUUAUCUUGGUGCCUCAGGAAAUCCACAAGCUAAGCCAACAGACUUUGUUUUCUUGAAGCUCAUUGGUAAAGGGAGCUUUGGCAAGGUUCUACUUGCAAAACACAAAGCUGAUGGUAAACUUUAUGCUAUCAAGGUCUUGCAUAAGAGAGUAAUCCUAAAGAAGAAAGAGCAAAGGCACAUUAUGGCCGAACGUAAUGUGCUGCUAAAGAAUGCAAAACAUCCCUUCCUGGUUGGACUUCAUUAUUCGUUCCAAACCACAGACAAGCUCUACUUUGUUCUGGAUUUUAUUAAUGGCGGGGAGUUGUUUUUUCAUCUACAAAGAGAGCGUUGCUUCCCAGAAGACAGAGCCAGAUUUUAUGCUGCAGAAAUAGCCAGUGCACUGGGAUACUUGCAUUCGCUCAACAUCGUUUACAGGGAUUUGAAACCAGAAAACAUUCUUUUAGACUCACAGGGGCACAUAGCCCUAACAGAUUUUGGGCUCUGUAAAGAAGGAAUCGCUAGCACAGACACCACGUCUACUUUCUGUGGAACACCUGAGUACCUUGCACCAGAAGUGCUCAGAAAGCAACCUUAUGAUAAUACUGUUGACUGGUGGUGUCUUGGCUCUGUUCUUUUUGAAAUGCUAUAUGGUCUGCCUCCCUUCUACAGUCGUGAUACCGUAGAGAUGUAUGAAUAUAUCCUUCACAAGCCAUUGCAGCUAAGACCAGGAACAAGUAAUGAAGCAUGUUCUAUCCUGGGAGGACUACUUGAAAAAGAAAGCCAAAGAAGACUAGGAGCGAAAGAAGAUUUUGCUGAAAUCAGAUGCCAUCCUUUUUUUGAUGUUAUUAACUGGGAAGAUCUAGAUCGGAAGGAAAUUCCUCCACCUUUUAAUCCCAGUGUGGUUGGUCCUGAAGACCUGCAAAAUUUUGAUCCAGAAUUCACAGAAGAACAAGUUCCACACUCCGUCUGUCAUUCUCCUGACCGCUCUGUAGUUAAUGCCAGCGUUAUAGAAGCUGAUGAUGCAUUUAUUGGUUUUUCUUAUGCCCCACCUAUAGAAGAUUCAUUCUUAUGAGUGUCAUCAUCACUGAUUAGUUUCUAUAGAGAACAAAACACUUAACAGGAAAUGAAAAUACCUUCAUAAGUACACGUGGACUUUUGAUUUUACACCAUAAGCAUCUGCAUGUCUUAAAUAAAUCUUGUAGCGACUCGGUAAAGUUUAGUGCAUCUUGAACCCUAAAAUUCUAAAAAUAUAUUGUACAUUCCUUGAGCAACUUGUAAGUGAUCUAAUAUUUGACUGCCUCGUCACUUUCAUGUCUGAAAAUUCCAAAGUAAUACCUUUUUAACAAUUGCUUGUGAUUAUGUUUUCCUUUAGAGUUUCUGAAAUACUGAUGAGGUGCUCUACUUUGUAUUUUUUUAAGUAACAUGGGCACAAUUUAUCAAUGUUGGUAAUUAAGGUUGGAUUAGUAUGUAGUGCAAUGCUUCUCUUUGAACUGAUAUAUUGUGGUCUAACUUGGCAACUUACAUGUGUUGAAGUCACAUUUUCACCCUAUGUCCAUCUAUGUGCUAAUAACUUGUCACGGUUUAGAUUCUGGUCCAUAUUUAUCACUUUACCAGAAGAUCUGCCUGCAUUGCCACUCAGCUUAAAACUGCAUUUGUGAUGUAGGCAUUACUUGAAUAAUGGAGAGAAUAACAUGGGCCACUCAGGUCAGAUACAUGAAAAUGUUUUACAAGUUAUUUAAUGUGCACUGGCCACCAGCUAUUAAACAUGUCUUAUGAUUUACUGAAAAACUGGAAAUGUACAUAACAGAAAAAUCUAUAACUGAAUAAGAUGAAACAAUACUUUUAUUUUAUAAUGUAUUUAACAUGGUGCAGUGUGCUUGAGGUGGUAUACAGUAAAGCAAUUAAAUAGCACGUAUUUAAAAAGA